GUCUUGAUUGAUUUUUGUUGUUGUAUGUGUUUAUCCGUACAGAUUCGAUUCUUCAUUACUCUCGUCUUCCUUCUUGGCACCUUUAGCCCCCAAGCUAAAGGCAAACUCUUCGACGUCCUGGAUUUUGGAGCUGUUGGAGAUGCUCGAACUGAUGACUCAAAGGCUUUCUUGGAUGCGUGGAGAAGUGUUUGUGAGGCCACUACUACAAGUGGAGCCACCAUACCGACUCUGCAAGUCCCGGCAGGCAAGACUUUCUUGUUGAAACAAGUCAAAUUUUCUGGACCUUGCAAAUCAGCAACCGUUCAAAUCCAAAUGAUGGGAAAUAUAAUUGCACCAAUAAGCACAGAUUGGACAGAUUGUAAAUCCGGCUGCUGGUUAUGCUUUGAUCAUGUUGAUAACCUUAUUAUCUCUGGUACUGCCACAAUCAACGGAAACGGUGCGGUAUGGUGGCAGAAAUCUACCCAUGAAAAAAUUGGAGAUUGCAACAAACCUGCAGUUUUGUAUUUUCAAAGUUGCAAUAAUCUCCGAGUAAGUGGACUAACAAGUCACAACAGCCCACUAAACCACAUUGGUAUAUCUGGCUGCAAGGAUGUAUCUAUAUCCAAGAUUAAUUUGAUUGCACCAAAAGAUAGUCCUAACACCGAUGGAAUUGACAUUGCUAAUUCCAAGGAACUUGAUAUAUCUGAUUCUUUCAUAGGAACAGGAGAUGAUUGUAUAGCGAUUAACGGUGGCAGUUCCAACAUUAAAAUUACACGUUUAAAUUGCGGGCCAGGACAUGGAAUCAGCGUGGGAAGCCUUGGAAAAGAUGGAUCCAAUGAUAUGGUGCAAGAGGUGCAUGUUCGUAAUUGUACCUUUAAUGGAACUCAGAAUGGAGCAAGGAUAAAAACAUGGGCGGGAGGAUUGGGUUUUGCGAGAUCAAUAUCAUACGAGGACAUUAUUCUUAUUGGAGCAGGCAAUCCCAUAUUUAUUGAUCAACAUUAUUGUCCUCGUCAAAAUUGUCCACCUGAGAAGCAAACUGCAGUGAAAGUAAGUGAUAUAACAUUCUCAAAGUUUCAAGGAACUUCUGCUGAUAACAUUGCAAUUACAUUAAACUGUAGUAGUAUAGUUCCUUGCACCAACAUUAAGAUGAAUCUAGUAAACAUUACCUCUUUGAAUCCGAGUAGCAAAGUGGAAGCAAUAUGCAACCACGCGGACGGCACAGCUACCUUUACUGCCCCUGUUGUUCCGUGCCUAUCAAGUGUGCAAGAUGUUCUUAUUAGAAGAGAGGGACAAACUCAAGAUGGGGACCAAAAACCACAAUAUUAUGAGCUUUAAUUUUUUUUUCUUUUUAAUUAUGGAAGUUCCAUGAGUACAAUUAACCACUUAAAUUUUA